AUGCCUGUCAUUUCGCGUCUAGUCUCCAUUGUCCUACGUGUCGCAGAGAUCGCCUUUGCUGCGGUAUGCACCCCAGAGCGAUUAAAUGAUUGGAGCGCAACUGACUCUAUUGUAAAACUCAAGGUCGUCGCAGGCAUCAUCGGCUACUAUCUGCAUCAGUUCUCCGAUAUUGAUGCUUGGCCACAAGCACGGUGGAUCUACACUGAAGUCGUCGCCGGCUUAUCCAUACUCCUCGGUCUCAUAUGGCUGAUACCUUUCUCUUCUGGCUUCUUCUCUUGGCCAUUUGAUGUGGUCAUUUCUUUCGCAUGGUUCGCCGCGUUCGGCAUUCUCGUCGAUGCCAUCCAUAAGUUGAACUGCGGCAGUAUCUGGCACUGGCAUUUUGACACCUACAGCACCAACUCCUGUGGUCGUUGGAAGGCCGCCGAAGCAUUCAGCUUCCUCUCCGCCAUCGUGUGGCUCGCCUCCGCUCUUGUGGGCAUCUGGUUCACCUUCCGCGUCAGGGGCGCCAAUGCUGAUGGCUACUAUGGCCGUCGUCGUUUUGGCCGCUCCGCCGUCUAG